UUUUUUUUUUUUUUGGUUUUUCGAGACAGGGUUUCUCUGUGUAGCUUUGCGCCUUUCCUGGAACUCGCUUUGGAGACCAGGCUGGCCUCGAACUCACAGAGAUCCGCCUGGCUCUGCCUCCCGAGUGCUGGGAUUAAAGGCGUGCGCCACCUGUGAGGCAUGGGCUGGCCCACUCCACAGCAGUAUCACAUCAGAGCCAUCCAGUAAGAAUCUGUAUUCUUUUUUGGGUUGAUUUUCUUUUGAUGCUUUGAGACACAGCCUUGCUGUGCAGCCCUUGUUGGCUUGGAACUCACCAUUAAGACCAGGCUGGCCUUGAACUUAUUGCAAUCCUCUUGCCUCUACCUCCCAAGCGUUGGGAUUAUAGGCAUGUACUCCCACACUGCUCAGAACCACAGGGUUUCUCUGUGUAGCCCUGGCUGUCCUGGAACUUGGUCUGUAGACCAGGUUGGCCUUGAACUCACAAAGAUCCAUCUCUCUCUGCCUCUCAAGUGCUGAGAUUAAGGCAUGAGCCACCACCGCCGGAACCUGUGCUUUUGAUAAGAUUGGCCCAUUAGAGUGUGAAGGCUAUUGCUCUGCCUGCACUCAGGGUGACUCCAAACCCCAUCUUUUUCCAAGAGGCAGAGGCAAAGACCACAUAGGUUCCAGGUAAACCAGACUCUCUAGAGCCUGGGGUCUUAAACUCUUGAGUCAUAACCCUAUAUGGGGUCAUGAAACUGAACAUAGGGGAUGGAGUAGCAAAAAAAAAAAAAGGCAACUGUAAAAGGUCUCUGAACAUGCAAGACUAACAAUUAAUUCUAAACCAAAUGUGUAAUGAAUCUAAGGGGAUUCUGGCAGUGCUUUCCCUGCAUUGCUCUGCAAGACUUCAUUGUAGCCAUGCUUCUAAACCGACAACAUGCUCACUGUUUGCUGUGCAUACUGUCAAACCAUGGAGUGCCAGAGACUCUGCCUGAAACACUUAGCUCAGAUCCGAGAUUAUUAUAUGCCACAAACUGCUGCACUUUCACUGCACACACCAGGUUCUCUGCUGCUAUAGAAACAUAACGGCUUGAUAACAGAAAAAAAAAAAGAAUAUUUUCCUACAGUCAUUCAUUCCUCAGCACCUGUAAAAUUAGUAUGUCCUUGGAUUGUAUUGUUAGAAUAUUUGAUUUUAAAAACCGCUCUUUGAGCUGGGUGGAGGUGGCGCAUGCCUUUAAUCCCAGCACUUGGAAGGCAGAGGCAGAGGCAGGUGGAUCUCUCUGAGUUCGAGGCCAGCCUGGUUUACAAAACAAGUUCCAGGACAGCAAGGGCUACACAGAGAAACCCUGUCUUGAAAACAAACAAACAAACAAAAAACAACAAAAAAGCCAACCAGAAAAAAAAUUCUCAAAACAACAACAAAACACUGCUCUUUGAAUUGCUGACUUGUUUCACAAAAGAUUAUUACAUGUAUUUUGGCUUAGGAUUUGCGUAGGAUUUCCAACAACUUCUGAAAUGACCCUAAACAUACUACUGCCAUUUUAUACUACGUAUGCAUGUAUGUAUGUAUGUAUGUAUGUAUGUAUGUAUGUAUGUGUUUUUUGAGGGGGAGGGAUCUUUUGUUUCCAAGGCUUACCUUGUGAACUAGCUGUGUAGCUAGGGAUGACUUUGAACUCCUGAUCCUCCUGGCCCCACCUCCCAAGCGUUAGGAUUACAGGUGUGUGCCACCAUGCCCAGCUGUUCUGUGGGAAUGUGAAGUGAAUUCUCAGCAUUGAUGAUUGUAAAAUCAGAGUAUCAGUCCACUCUGAAAAGCAAUGAGGACAAGCAUUCUGUAAAAUCAGAGUAUCAGUCCACUCUGAAAAGCCCUGAGGACAAGCGUUCUGUAAAUUGGUACUGUAGUAGCAUCUGCGAUCCCUACAGGCAAGAUGGGAGGCAGGCAGGAGAAUUUCAAUACUGGGUAUGUUGUUCAGCUUUGCCCGAGUUGGGAGACUUGGGCUCUGGUUUGGUAGACUUGCAGGAGCCCUCCAGACCACCACUAGCUCCAGUGUCCCUCGUUUUCAAUGAGUAUGUUGUGGGGAUUGAUUAAUGAGGUUUUCGUGUCAUACAUUAUCAAAUAUUCAGCCAGCAUGUAGUUAUUUGUGUAAAAAUGAGCAAAUGUACUUAUCUCAGUAUGGAAAUUUGCUUCUUUCUUUAAUAAACAAUACACAUAUACCAAAGACUUCUUUUUAAAAUGUUCCCUUAUGUUUGAUUAUCAGUAAAUGCUUGAUUUGUAUACCCGUUUUGUAUACCUGGGUUCGAGUAGAAUUUCUCAGGUGAGAAAGGAAGAGAAGAGUCUGUGAUGCUCCAAAGACAGGGGAGGCCAUCCAUGCCCCGUUUCAUACUCCUAGCCACUUCCCAGGUCAGUGUUCCCACCACAACAUUCGUGGUGCUCCUUGGUGUUUGGUCCAACCUGCUCAAACCCUGGCAGCAAGGCUGAUGGUAAUGAGCUAGAGUAACACCCCUGCCCCCCAAAACCCAGAGCUGUCCCAUUCAUCUUUCGGAGCUGCUUUGGUCUGCACAUGGCGUCUACAGCAGACGGCAUGAGCAGUGUGCCACUGAAACCCCGUGGUAGAAGAAAUGGGCUGAGUUAUAUAAACACCAUUUAUGGGAUUACCCCCAGAAGUAUGGUCUAAUUCUCAGUUCCCCUAACUAUUCCAGACUGCUUCUUCAAGCCAUCUGGCUCUAAGGUGAAUUUCUCCAUGGAACAUGACUUUUCCUAAGAGUGAUUCUCUUUCUGUAUGGCAUCUGCAUUCUGCUUAGGGCCUGAGAGAUGUUGCAUUAGGGCGGGGAAGAUGAGUCAGCGGGCAAACGGCUUGCAAUGCGGGCAUGAGGGUGUGAGUUCAUAUCUCCAGAACUUACGUAAAUCGAUAUUAAAUUAGUGUCUGCAAUCCCCGCAGGCAGGGAACUUCCAGAAGCUGCCUCCUCCCGUGGGCCAGCUACUCUGGCUUAUGAGGAGCAAACAAGAGACCCUGUCUCAAACAAGGUGGGAGGUGAGGACGGAUACCUGAGGUUGAUGUCUGACUUCCACAGGUAUGCUUCACACACACACACACACACACACACACACACACACACACACACACGUGAGAUUUAAAAAAAAAAAAUCGCAUUAAUUAGGCAUGAUUACACAUGUAUUGGAGACCAGCCCAGGCUACUUGAGACUCUGUCUCUAAACAUCAAAAACCAACCAAUGAAACAAACAAAUAAAUAAAAUUCCAUUGCAUUAACAAUCUACCCCAUCUCAGUUCUGUGAUCUCAGGUAAGUUGCGAACAGAUGUGCUCCUGCCUGGCCUGCCUUUGUCAAGGACUGAAAUAUGGCUUUUGAAAGAGAAUGAGGAAUUCUGAAGCUCCCGUGAUUUGAGGUAAGUUCCACAUGAAUCCCAAGUGUCUGUGGAACACCCGUGAGGAAGACAGCCAACAGCUGAGAUGUACUUGAGGAAUAAAUCUUCUCUAGAGGGAAUGCUCUUAUCCUAGACUAUCCACAGGGCUGUGUAUUGUUGGCAGGUAGGAAAUACUUUUAUAUAAUGGGACUGGUGUGUGUGUGUGUGUGUGUGUGUGUGUGUGUGUGUAGCUGGCUGGGGAUCCCCAAUUGCCAGUCUUAUGUCUGUUUCUGUACAUUACUGGGAAUAUGGCUUAGCUUUGCCUGAGUUGGGAGACGUGGGACCUGGCUGGUAGCCUUACAGGCCCUUCAGACCAUCCCUACCUUUAGUUCUCUCUUUGCGGUGAGUAGGUCGUGUGGACUGAUUCCUGAGGUCUCUUCCAGCUCUGAUAUAGUCAGCAUCCUGCCUGCAGUACAGAGCCCUCAUUGCCGGCUUUCUUGUUCCACUUGAUUUUGGGGGCCUCUUCCUUCUUCUGUUUCAGUCCCUCACACCAGCUUCGGCAGAAGUGUGAGAUUUUGCUUUUUUGGAAAUUGUAUGUUACUCACUGGAAAUGCAGGAAGGAAGCUUCAGCCUGAAGUGUACUCAAAAAAAAAAAAAAAAAGCACACACAGAGCAAGAAACCACAGGGCCUAUCAGCCUGUCGUCAUCAAGCAGACUAGAAUAGUGUAGAAAACUCUAGGCAGAGAGGAAAUGAACUAGAGAGAAGGGGGAACAGGCCCCGAAGAGAGAGGAGAGAGGGCAGAGGCGAUGGCCGUGGGGCGCUGAACCGGUGAUGGUCAGGAUGGAGGAGGUGGCGGUGAAGCAAGGCUUCCUGCAUCUUCAGCAGCAGCAGACCUUCGGCAAGAAGUGGCGCCGAUUCACAGCCGUGUUAUAUGGAGAGUCUGGCUGUGCCCUGGCCAGACUGGAGCUCCAGGAUGGCCCAGAGAAGACCCGGCGAGGAGAGGCCACUCGGAAGGUUGUCCGCCUCAGCGACUGCUUACGGGUGGCUGAGGCAGGCAGUGAGGCCAGCAGUCCCCGGGACACCAGUGCCUUCAUCCUGGAGACCAAGGAGCGUCUGUACCUGCUGGCAGCCCCCUCAGCAGAGCGCAGUGACUGGAUACAGGCCAUCUGCCUGUUGGCUUUCCCGGGGCAGAGGAAGGAGCCCUCAGGACUGGAGGAAAAGAAGGACAGACCCUGCAUGGAGGAGAAUGAAUUGUAUAGCAGCUCUACUACAGGGGUGACCUGUAAGGAAUAUGCUGUGACCAUGAGGCCCACAGAAGCCAGUGAGCGGUGCCGGCUCCGAGGCUCCUAUACCCUCAGGGCCGGGGUGAGUGCCCUGGAGCUAUGGGGUGGCCCUGAGCCAGGCACACAGCUAUAUGACUGGCCCUACAGGUUUCUUCGGCGCUUUGGGCGUGACAAGGUGACCUUUUCCUUCGAGGCUGGCCGACGCUGUGUCUCUGGAGAAGGCAGCUUUGAGUUUGAAACAAGACAAGGCAAUGAGAUCUUCCAAGCCCUAGAAGAGGCCAUUGCUGCCCAGAAGAAUGCCGCCCCUUCUGGGCCUCCAACCCUGCCAGCCACAGGGUCCAUGAUGGCCACCGUGCUGCCUCGGCCCGAAAGCCCCUACUCCCGGCCCCACGACUCUCUGCCUUCUCCUUCCCCUGGCACACCGGUGCCCGGCAUGAGGCCAGGGGGCCUCGAGGGCGAAUAUGCCGUACCCUUCGAUACAGUGGCUCUCUCCCUGGGGAAGAGCUUCAGGGGCAUCCUGAAAGGUCCUCCACGGCUCCUUCCUGACCCGCUCUACGACAGCAUCCAGGAGGGUCCUGUGGCCCCUCCACCCGACCAUAUAUACGACGAGCCUGAGGGCGUGGCUGCCCUCUCCCUCUAUGACAGACCACGGGAGCUCCAGGGGGAGACGUGGAGGGAGCAGGCCACUGCUGAUGGGGGUCCCAACCCACUCCAGCAAGACUCCUCUGUGCCUGGCUGGCCACAGGUAACGGAGUAUGACAAUGUCAUACUUAAAAAAGGCCCAAAGUAAGGGGGGUGGCUGGGAGAAGGAAGAUGUGGUCCCCAGGGAGGUCUUUGGAAGCUGUGGAGGGGGUUUCUGCUGGAGUCCUUUUGGUCAUUGCCCCGUCCUGAGCCCUAGGCUUGGGCUGCAGUGUUUGCUUACAGUGUGAGUCACCAGCCCAGAGCAGGAAGAGGGCCCUGGAGGGACCCACCCUCCUCCUACGACUUUUCCACUUCCUCUCCCUGCCUUGGGUCUAAAGGGAACUUAGGCCAUUUCUGUUAGGAGACAAAAGGAUUUCCACAGAUCCCCUGGUUCCUUGGCUUGUGUGGGCCUCCCACCUACAGAUGUUCCCUCCCUGGGACAACCCUGGCUUCCGGUUAGCAGGGAGGGUGGCUGUCGUCCCUCAACCUCUAGUCAUUAAACUCAUUUUAAACUGC